AUGGAAUCUGCGGCCCCUAGAUUAAGGAAGCGCAAAGCUGUAGAAUAUAUCGAAGACGAUGAUAAUGAUAGUGUUGAUGAAGAAACUCCAAAAAAGAAAGUUAAAGCCGCCGCAAAAGCUUCGAAAGUUAAAGAAAAAGUUGAAAAACCAUCUAAACCUAAAGCAAGUACAAGUUCGAAAGGUAUCAAGAAGACGGAGGCUAUAGAAACAAAGACAUCACGGAGUAAAGUAACCAAAAAAGCUGUUGAGAAAGAUGUAGAUAUCAUUGAUUUUAAUGAUAAUAAUGAUCACAUACACAAUGUAUGGGAUGAAGCUGAAAUGCUAGCACAAGUGGAGAAAAUCCCCUUACAUGUAGCAAAAAAUUUAAUAGGUCUACUUACAGAAGGCUGCACCUUGCCAUUUAUAGCCAGAUACAGAAAGACUGCGGUGGAUAAUUUAAUGCCCGAUCGCCUGCAAGAAUUACACGAAAGUUAUGAAAACAUAACACAUCUAAAGAAGAAAGUGAAGUCUGUUAUUGAGACUUUGAAGAAAUCUAAAAAGCUGACACCUGAUAUAGAAAAAGGUGUAUUGAAUGCCCGUAACUUGUCUGAACUUGAUUUGAUUUAUGCACCACUAAAAACACAUUCAUUGUCACUUGCUGAAAGGGCCCGCAAUCUUGGCUUGGAUCCAUACGCAGUAAGAGCAUUGAAUGGAGAGUAUAUUGACUUGAAUACAUUAUGCGGUAGCAAUGAAGAGCUGGCAACAAUUGACAAAGUAGAAUCUCAUAUAACUCAUAUUGUAGCUGAUAUUAUCUAUAAGGAUACCAGGGUUUUAGAACAUAUUAGGGGACUCAAAGAAGAAACAAGGUUUACAAUAACAAGUAAUAGAACUAAAAGUUCAACAAAAGAUAAAGUAGAUGAUAAGAAGAAAUUAGACAAUAAGUCAGAUCCUGAUAACUAUAAACUGUACUUUGACUGGAAGUGCCCCAGUCACUUUGUGAAACCACAUCAAAUCUUAGCACUGAACAGAGGGGAGGAUGAGAAAAUAUUAUCAGUUAAAGUUAUUGUUCCUGAUUGGUUUUAUAACAGACUUGAAAGAUUUUGUCUAACAUUAUGGAAAAGUAAUUUUUGGGUGCGCAAAGGCCUUGGCGAUGCAUACAACCGUCUGAUAAAGCCGUGGCUGUCGAGACACGUGCGGUCCGACCUGACUGCUACUGCGCAGAAGGAAGCAGUCAAAACAUUCACCACUAAUCUGGAGAAGUAUCUCCUAACUGAACCUAUUAAGAAUAGAAUCAUUAUGGGCUUGGAUCCUGGGUUCAGAGCGGGUUGUAAGGUUGGUAUAAUAAAUGCAAAUGGAGAAAAACUGGACGCGUGUACCAUAUAUCCAGAUUUGAGGCAGCAAAAAGCGUUUGAUCCCGCGGCCAAACAGAUAAAAGACAUGAUAACUCAGUAUGGUGUAGAGUUGAUUGGUUUGGGAAAUGGUACAGCCUGUCGUGAAACGGAAUUAUGGCUAAAAAGUAAUAAUAUAUGCGAUCAAGUUCCUAUUAUUAUUGUUCCCGAACAAGGCGCCUCUAUUUACUCUGUUAGCAAGGAGGCUCAGAAGGAACACCCAAACAUGGAUCCAAAUUUAAUAUCAGCUCUGUCAAUCGCCAGAAGAGUAUUAGACCCCUUAGGGGAACUUAUAAAAGUGGAGCCCAAAAACUUAGGCGUUGGAAUGUAUCAACAUGACAUUCCUCCAAAAAUGUUGGAGACGGCCUUAGACAGUGCUGUCGAGAAAGUUGUCAGUUUAGUUGGAGUUGACAUCAAUACUGCAUCGCAAGCCAUGCUUAGGCGUAUAUCAGGCUUGAACGAAGGAAGAGCUAAAAAAAUCAUCGAGUAUCGCCAAGAGCAUAACGGUUUUGAAUCAAGAGCUGAGAUCCUAAAGGUUACUGGCAUUGGGAAGAUAACAUUCCAGCAAUGCGCUGGAUUCUUGACAGUGCUGGGUAGUUCGGAGCCCUUGGAUACCACUAUUAUUCAUCCAGAGAGUUAUAAAAUUGCAAAAUCAUUCGCCAAAAAGAUAGGAGUCAAUAUAAAAGAUCUCACAAAACCGCACUUCCCGCAAACGGUAGAAACUAAAAUAUUAACUAUAGAUAUAAGUGAAACUAGUGCAGAAUUAAACACUGAUGUGUGUACGCUCGAACUAAUAAUCAACGCAUUCAAACAAAAGAAAUAUGAAGACAAUGUGAUUACGUUCUGUAAACCCGUUUAUUCUGUUGCUGUGCAAAAUGUGGACCAACUAAAGGAGGGUACCAGUUUGACAGGUGUCGUCCGCAAUGUAGUUCCUUUCGGCUGUUUCGUCGACUGCGGCGUGGGAGACAAUGGCCUCAUCCAUCGAAGCAACUUAGGUGGACAUCAGACACCUAAACUCGGGGACAGGGUGGCGGUCACCGUGAUAUCGUCACCAAAACCCAAGAAAAUCCAAUUAAGAUUAGACAAGAUCCUCAACUAG